CCAGGAGGAGGCUGCCAUGACACGGUGGAUGCUGCACAGAAUCAGUUCCACAGCAUCAGCAGGCAGCAGACCUCCAUCCUCCUCGUUUUCCCUCUCUCCUUCUCUUUUUUCUCCUCCUUUGCCUCUCAUCCUCUCACCACCACCCUUGCUCUCUCUUCUCUCUCCCUCCUCCUCUCCCUCGGACAGACAGACAGGAAGGAAUAGCAGCAACAGCAGCAGGCAUACUGCCUUUCCAUUCUUCCUGCUUUGCAUCUUCUUCCGCACCACUUUGCUAUCCUCCUGCAUCUUCUUUUCCUCUCACUCCUUUUCCUCUUCCUUAAAACCCUCUCCAUUCUCAUCUCCCAUCUCCGCGUCACGCCUCUUCUCCUUCCAGCGGGCUGGUUUCCCAGGAUGCAUUGUUCCAGGCCACUCCGCUAGGCCCUAGCAGCAUGGGCGGAGCCUGGGUGGGGAGAGAGAGCACGGAUUGGACCCUUCCCCUCAGGGCGGGCGCGCUGGCGGGUCACCCUCCCUCAGCUUCAGAUGGGCGAGGACGCUGAGAGCCCCAAAAUCAACCACACCUUCCUGCGAGACUACGUCACUGAAGCUGAUGUCAUCUCUACGGUGGAGUUUAACCAGACAGGGGACCUGCUGGCCACGGGGGAUAAAGGUGGCCGAGUGGUCAUCUUCCAAAGAGAGACUGAGUCUAAAGGGGAGUCAGAGGAGGUGGGGGAGACAGGGGACUCUGGGGAGUACAAUGUCUACAGCACGUUCCAGAGCCACGAGCCGGACUUUGACUACCUGAAGAGUCUGGAGAUUGAAGAGAAAAUCAACAAGAUCAGAUGGCUGCCACAGCAGAAUGCAGCACAUUUCCUCCUCUCCACCAAUGAUAAGACCAUUAAACUGUGGAAGGUGAGUGAGAGAGACAAGAGACCAGAGGGAUACAACCUGAAAGAUGAGGAGGGACGGCUCAAGGAUAUCGCUACCAUCACCUCUUUGCAGGUGCCGGUGCUGAAACCUACAGAUCUGAUGGUCGAAGUUCGUCCCAGACGAGUGUUCUCCAAUGGACAUACCUACCAUGUUAACUCCAUCUCAGUCAACAGCGACGGGGAGACAUACCUGUCUGCUGAUGACCUCCGCAUCAAUAUGUGGCACCUGGGCAUCACAGACCGCAGCUUCAAUAUUGUGGACAUCAAACCAGCCAACAUGGAGGAUCUGACAGAGGUGAUAACAUCAGCAGAGUUCCACCCUCACCACUGCCACCUGUUUGUGUACAGCAGCAGCAAGGGCACCCUGCGCCUCUGUGACAUGAGAGCCUCCGCACUCUGUGACAAACACACAAAACAGUUUGAGGAACCUGAGGAUCCAGGGAGCAGGUCCUUCUUCUCAGAGAUCAUUUCCUCUGUGUCAGACGUCAAGUUCAGCCACAGUGGACGCUACCUGCUGACGAGAGACUACCUCACCGCCAAGGUGUGGGACCUGAACAUGGACAAGGGCCCCGUGGAGACAUACCAGGUCCAUGAAUACCUAAGGAGUAAGCUGUGUUCCCUUUAUGAAAACGACUGCAUCUUUGACAAGUUUGAGUGUGUUUGGAACAGCUCAGACAGCGUGAUCAUGACAGGGGCGUACAAUAGCUUCUUCCGGAUGUUUGACAGGGAGACGGGGCGCGGUGUAACCCUGGAGGCUUGGCGAGAAAGCAGCAAGCCUCGGGCUGUGCUGCGGACCCGCCGUGUGUAUACUGGUGGUAAGCGUCGCCGUGGAGAUGUGGGCGUUGAUAGCCUUGACUUUACCAAGAAAAUCCUGCACAUGGCUUGGCACCCAUCUGAGAAUAUCAUUGCCAUAGCAGCCACCAACAACCUGUACAUCUUCCAGGAUCGCGUCAACCCUGAGACGCAGGCACAGUGACAGAAAUGGCAAUAUGGACAGUGGCACUCACAGUGCUUUUAAUGAUUGUCACAGAAACACAAACAGCAACCUAAAUAUAUUUGGAUGUCACAGAGAAGGCAUGGGGAGUGGACAGCCUUUAUGAGAAAAUUAAGUCAAAGCCAAGCUGUUUCACAACAUACUGAGAUGCAACAUCUGUUUGAGUCAUGAUAAAAUGACAAGACUGUUAAUUUAUUUGAUCCCCAAGGAAGGUGUAUAAUCAUUUUUGUUCAACACUGAGGUGAACUGAUGUCUCCAGCAUCAAUCAGGACAUGUUUUUGGUCCCACUACUCCCACUUUUUGAAGAUGUUUGUGUAACUUCCCCACUGUAGGGGCAGUAAAAGAGGUGUGGGGAGACCUCUCCAUCUGUAAUGACUCAGUGCUGUUGACCACACAAUGUUGCAGUUCUCACUGAUGUGCUCUGGUACCUUUUGACUCAAAAUGGAAGAUGCAUGUUGGGUAGGAGCAGAAGAAAUGAAAACAUAAAGUUCUUGAGAUAAUUAGAUUAUGGAUUCCCAAUGACUUUGCCAGACAGUGCAUCAAAAUCUAAGCAUUUUUUCACUAUUGUGGAACAUUAGGAGUGGUGUUAUUGUACAGCUCUUCACAACAACAUCCUGCACCUUUUUUUCUCUAUUGGGUGACAACAACAGCUGAACCUCUCUUUUAGAGCAGUGCUCUUGGAGAUUACACACAUAAAUGACCCAUAAUCUUUACCCUAUUCACUUUGCAAUAAUGGCACUAACAAACACACAGUGCAGCAGUAUUCCUGCUUUAAAACAUGAGCUCUUCUUCUACAGGUAUACACUCUUUUUACUGUUAGCUGUAAAUAUUCGGUGUUCUUUUUUUUACACGUUCCAGAAAGUUAAAAGGUAAAAGAUGCAUUUUGUCUAGUACACUGGAGAUGAACCUGGGAUCUUAUGUAUAGAAAAUUUGCAGAAUCGUACUAUUCCAGUUAAAGACUCGAUGUAGGGGCUUUUCUUAUAGCAGUACAUAGAUAGGUAUUGCUGGCUGUAGAAAGGGAGGGUUGAGUUGUGCACAAACUACCCUUAAUGUUUUAUUGUGUAGGCCUAUAUUAGGCCCACAUUGAGCUUUGAUUGCUGUAUUAAGGUAAUUUCCUUGUCUAAAGUCUACAUACCUAUGUAGUAAAUUGCUGAAAUUGAGAGCGACAGUUAGGCUCCCUCAUAUAUGCUCAAAUUGAGGCUGAUUGGUGAUUAAACCUAAUAUAGACAAAAGUAUAAGUGUUAUGCUAAUUUAAAAUGAGAAGUGCUCAUUUUAUAAUGCAUAAGCACAAUUUGAAUAAGUAUCUUACAAUCAAGAAAAUCUAAGCACAUUGUUAAAUGUGAGACUUGACAUUUGCAAUAAUUGUGGUAAAUGAGGCCCCUGAUUCAGCUAAUCAAAGUUUUAAUGAGUGAGUUUGUGACCAGUUUAUUUGAAGGUCAAAGGUUAUCAUCAGUGCAAUAGCUCAUUACGUACAAUGCUGAAACACAUUAAAACAUUAAUGUCAUGUGAAUUGAUCAUAUCACAAGCCAUUAUACCGUAUACCUCACAGUGCCACAUGCUACUCUGGGGUACGACACUGAAAGCCAAGGAUGUACAGCAGUAAGGUGAUGUCUGUGUUGGACUGAAUUGUGUGACUUGGUCAAGGUUUGAUUGUUUACAGUGAAGUGCUUUGUUUUCAAGUGACCUUGGCCCUGAUGGGAUUAUUGUAAGUGGUCUAGAUGUGUACUGUGGCAGGUGGAGUAAAGGAAUCAGUGCAAAGAUGUGGAAAGUAUCAAGUUCCUUUGCACUUUUUCUAAAUAGUACUCUGUCUGUUGGAUCAACAAGUUUCACUGUGUAAACCUUAAACCCCAAGAAAAGAAGAAAAUUGUUAAUAUCUAUGUUCCACUUGUCUGAUCCCUCCUCGCUUUUCACUUCCUUUGGUUUCCAAAUCAAUAUUCACGGACAUUUAUGUUACAGCCUGUGGGCUAGGGGGUUCUCUAAUGGGAACCCCUACUAUGUUUUGGUCUUCACUGUCUGCCAGUGUUGUUGAAUGCAGACAUGAUAUUGCACUGAUUGAUUUAUCAAGUGUACAAAACAGCAAAAUCCACGAUGACAACCCACAAGGAAAUGGUUUACAUAGUGACAAGCCCCCUAAAGGCCACCUAAAGCAUUACACAAGUUCCAGGGCUCAGUCCUCCAACGGUGAGCUGUAGUUUAGACCAGGUCAGUUGUAAUCUCAUCAUAAUCACCACUUACAACCAGUGAGAGGAUUUGUGUUCAGGAGCACAGCAGCAGCAGCAUGUUGCCAUUACUCAAUGCUACUAGCGUGUAUAUCUAUCAUACUUUAAAAAAGACAAAUCUAACAAUACAAAAAACAUAACUCGAAUGAGGUGAAUGAAAGGAAUGUGCAUUAAUAAAAUAAUGUGAAAUCUAACAAAAAAA